AUGUCUCCUCCGAAUGAGAGCGAUGAUGUCUCUCGCAUCUCAGUACCGUCCGUGAUCGACAGUUUUUUGGCAAGCGACAAGACACCCAUGAGCAUACAAACUCUCCCGCAUGAAACCGCAGGUUUUCCCCAUGUUCUGCACACUUCGGAAUCAGAUAAGCAACAUGUGUCUUCGGCUGAUUUGCUUCAUGUCAAUCCGUUUGACAGUCCAACGCAGGUGUGUGGAAUGCAGGAAUACAACGUGUAUGCUGGUCAAGAUCUGCUGAUGCAAGCCUUGGGUAUGUCUCCCUCUAAUUUCAACCACAAUGAUUCGGUCUCAUCUCGUACAUAUCAUGCCCAAUGCUCGCCCAUGCUGCUGAAACCAUGUCCUGGUGAAGAUGACAAAUUGCAGUCGGUGAAUGUUCCCGAGUCAGCUGCUGACCUGCCUCGUGAGAUACGUGAGGCCGCAAGCACCAGUGCCACCACCAUACCCGCACCAUCGUCUAACACUACCUCGUCGGAAGAGGCUCCCAUAUGCAGUAAUUGCGGGACAGACAAUACGCCUCUCUGGCGACGAAAUCACAACAUGCUCUUAUUGUGUAACGCUUGUGGCCUAUACCUAAAAAUUCACAAGACACAUCGCCCUUUGCUUCUGAGGAAACGACAACAGCUCAAUAGCACACGCGCCUCUCAGUCACAAGACCCAUGCAGCGGACCAUCUUCUGGCUGCACAAAUUGUGGCACCAAAGUGACACCCCUCUGGCGCAAAGGCAUCAGUGGAGCUGUCUUGUGUAAUGCGUGUGGUCUGUAUCUGAAGCUCCACCAGUCGAACAGGCCUGUCCGCUACAGGGCAGACGUCAUCCGUAAGCGCUCGCGGUAUGAUAAUCGCGGUCGGAUCAGCCAAUCAGAGAUUACGUCCCCCUCGACUCCAGGCGCGGCGCCCAUAUUGCCUUUCCUCUCGGCGCACUUGUUUGAUCCUGAGACCACUCCCACGGGCUCCCAGUGGAACUCGUCAUCCAAAACCCCAGAUGAAACGCACACGGGCGAUUCUAGCAUGACGCCUAAUCCAUGUGGAAAUGUCGCAAGUGUAAGAAGAGUGCUUCAGUUAUCGGAUGAACCGUUUUCAUCCCCUGCUUCUAUUACAUGUUGUGCUUCUUCUGGUGCAUGUACGGGGCCUGUAUUGUUUAACGACUAUCAGCUAGACGAUGAUUCCGUACAUCAGGUGUCGAAUUCUGUCUCGGGCGUACACACUGAUGUCGACUCCACGCUGCCUUCUAUUCUACCCGAUGUGGAGAAGCAUUCCAUUUGGCCUGUGUUCCCAGCUAUGUGA